GCGGCGUCGGCGGCGGCGGCGGCGGUGGCAGCUUCGGCGGCGCCUGGGCUGGUGGCGCUCGGCGGCUGCAGGUCCCGCGGCGGCGGCUGAGCGGGACCCGGGCCGCGAGAGGAGCCGGAAGGCGCGGGCCGGUGUGGCCGGGGGAUGGUGGGCGUCCCCGGAGCGGCCGCCUUCCAGCUUGGUCCUGAGAAAAGGGUGCCAGCAAUGCCUGGAUCGCCUGUGGAAGUGAAGAUACAAUCGAGAUCUUCACCUCCUACCAUGCCACCACUUCCACCAAUAAAUCCUGGAGGACCGAGGCCAGUGUCAUUUACUCCUACAGCAUUAAGUAAUGGCAUCACCCAUUCUCCUCCUACCCUGAAUGGUGCCCCAUCACCACCGCAGAGAUUCAGCAAUGGUCCUGCCUCUUCCACAUCAUCUGCACUAACAAAUCAGCAGUUGCCAGCCACUUGUGGAGCUAGGCAGCUCAGCAAGUUGAAACGUUUCCUCACUACUCUGCAACAAUUUGGCAAUGACAUUUCACCUGAAAUUGGGGAGAAGGUGCGGACCCUUGUUCUCGCACUGGUGAACUCAACAGUAACUAUUGAAGAAUUCCAUUGCAAGCUUCAAGAGGCUACUAACUUUCCUCUUCGUCCUUUUGUAAUUCCAUUCCUUAAGGCCAACCUGCCUCUGCUGCAGCGGGAAUUGCUACACUGUGCUCGGGCUGCUAAACAAACCCCAUCCCAGUACCUCGCACAGCAUGAACACCUUCUGCUCAACACGAGUAUUGCCUCACCAGCUGACUCUUCUGAGCUACUCAUGGAAGUGCAUGGAAACGGAAAGAGGCCCAGUCCAGAGAGGAGGGAAGAGAGUGGUUUUGAAAGAGAUUCCAUUGCUCCUGAGCCUCCCGCCAAAAGAGUAUGUACCAUCAGUCCAGCUCCCCGGCACAGUCCUGCCCUCACUGUGCCACUCAUGAACCCUGGAGCCCAGUUCCAUCCUACUCCUCCUCCUCUUCAGCAUUAUACCUUAGAAGAUAUUGCAACUUCCCACCUAUAUCGUGAACCGAACAAGAUAAUCGAGCAUCGAGAAGUUCGUGAUAGACACCACAAUCUUAGUCUAAAUGGAGGCUAUCAAGAUGAGUUGGUAGACCACCGUUUGACAGAAAGAGAAUGGGCUGAUGAAUGGAAACAUCUUGAUCAUGCCCUGAAUUGCAUUAUGGAAAUGGUAGAAAAAACAAGACGUUCCAUGGCAGUUCUUCGGCGCUGUCAGGAAUCUGAUCGUGAAGAACUCAACUACUGGAAAAGGCGCUAUAAUGAAAAUACAGAAAUGAGGAAAGCAGGGAGCGAGUUGGUUUCCAGGCAGCACAGUCCUGGGAAUGCAGAUUCUCUCAACAGUGAUUCUCAGCGGGAAUUCAACAGCAGGCCAGGGACAGGAUAUGUACCUGUGGAGUUCUGGAAAAAAACUGAAGAAGCUGUGAAUAAGGUGAAAAUACAGGCGAUGUCAGAGGUACAGAAAGCUGUUGCUGAGGCAGAGCAAAAAGCCUUUGAAGUGAUUGCAACCGAACGAGCUCGAAUGGAGCAGACCAUAGCAGAUGUCAAGCGGCAGGCUGCAGAGGAUGCAUUCCUCGUCAUAAAUGAACAAGAAGAAUCAACAGAGAAUUGCUGGAACUGUGGCCGCAAAGCCAGCGAGACCUGCAGUGGCUGCAAUAUUGCGCGAUACUGCGGCUCUUUCUGCCAGCACAAGGACUGGGAGCGGCACCACCGUCUGUGUGGCCAGAGCCUGCACGGCCAGAGUCCCCACAGUCAGAGCCGACCGCUGCUUCCUGGAGGAAGGGGCUCCUCAGCCAGGUCCGCUGACUGCAGUGUGCCCAGCCCAGCUCUGGACAAGACCUCAGCAACCACCUCACGCUCCUCUACGCCUGCCUCUGUGACAGCUAUUGACACCAAUGGACUCUGAGCAAUAAACCCACUUGACCCUGAUGACCUCACAGCACAGUGCCACACUGCCCUGGUCUGGCUGUGGGAACCAGUGCUAAUAACUGUUGGGUCAUUAGCAAGAAGGGAAGUGGAGGCAAGAAGAGUGAGAGUCUGUCAGUCCCCUCCACAGCCUCUCCCAACACUUGCCCACUUUCCUCUGUGUCCUUGGGAACUAGUGGCCAGAGCUGUCUUCUCCAUGACUCCCUGAUUAGCUCUUCUUCCAAAUGAUGCUGGUACGGUGACCCCUUUCCAGUGUAGACCACCAGCUCCCCUCCUGCCUCUUGAGCCCCUUGAAGCCAUGGGCUGCCAGUGUGCCCACCAGGCUAAACCCAGCUCACCACAGGUGCUGUCCUCCCACAACAGAAAUCUGGAGGCUAACAGGCUAAGGAGGAAGCUCCCUCUGACAGGAAAUGGAUCUCUCAUUCCAGACAGCUCCUUGAGUCUCUUUUCCAACCUCAACAGAUGCCAUUGAUCAGCCUCCCCAGGGCUUGGGCAAGUGAAAAGCAGCACUCAGGACUCUUCUCAUCCUUGCUGUUCAGACUUGUUAAGAUUCUCAGAAACCACAGGAAAGAAGUCAUCAUUCAUAAAAGCACACCAGUUAUUUUUAAAAAUCAAUAAAACUUCCACCAAGUAUCAUAGAUCUUUUUGGACAAGAUUUUGCAACCUUGUUGGCUAGUUUGGAACCCGUUUGGAACCCCUUUAUUUUCUUCUCUUUGAUUUUGCUUGUGCAGACAAUAGUUUCCUGCGCAUGGAUUGGUCUGAGAGAGAAUGAGACUCGACUGGACAUUCUGUUCUCUCUGAGCAUGUUGGCCAAACUAGUAUCGUCAAACGAUUGACCAGAUCAUGUAUGGAAAUGCAGAACCAUUUGUCACCGCGU